GCGCGGGCUCUGGGAACCCGGCUGGAGGGCCGCCGGCUCGCGGGGCCGCAGCACCUGCGGGCGGCGCGGCGCCCGGGUGGCCGAGGUUGACAGCCGGAGGCGGGGGCGGGACGCCGGGCCCCCACUGCCCUCUCGGGGCCGAGGCGGAAGCCGCGGGGCGGGGGCGCGCAGGGCAGCACCAUCUGGAGGGGCGGGAGCGCGCGGCCUCUGGGGGGCAGGCGCGUGCGCGGCGCGGCGGGUUCUGGGGGUCGCCGGCGGGGGGCGCAGGAGGAGCGCGGCGGAGUGAGCCCCGCGUUGCCGGAGCAGCAGCCGGCGCGCGUCGGGCGGCUCAGCUGGGGCCCGCAGCUUCUCCGCGGGCUGAAGCUCGGCGUGGAGGAGCAGGGCGGGGUGGGUCCGGCCGUGCAGGAGGAGGGCGGCGUGGGGCUGGGGGUGCAGGAGCGGGGCGGCCGCGCUCAGGAGCCCAGCCUGGGGGUGGUGUGGGAGCCGCCCGCCGCCGCGGAUUGGAGGCGCCCGGCCCUCUGGACGGCCUCGGCCGGCGGGCCCGUGGCGCAGGAGGUGGGCCUGGGGCCCCGCAGGCAGCAGCAGGAGAAGGGGGGAGGCGGACCCGCAGUGCAGGAGCGCGGCGAGGCCCGUGCCGGGGUGCAGGAGCGCGGGGAGGGCAGCCCACGCAGGCUUCUGCGGCACCCCGAGGAGCUGCCCGAGUUGACGGACGGUUCCUUCCUGCACACGGAGGAGCCCGAAAGUUCGGACGAGCGCAGCUGGGAGAUCUGCGGGCACCUGGGCAGGGAGGCGGUGGUCCUGGGAGCAUCCCCCGCGAGUGGGGACAGACCCGAGUUACUGGGGAGGGCCAGGCCUGUGGGACCCCGGGGGCCUGAAGGAGAGGGGCGUCUGGGGGUGCAGGAGGCAAAUUGGCUGCCCGGGGUACAGGAGGGUCAGGUCGCGUGGGCCGUUCAGGAAACGUAUCUGAACGGUAAAGGGUCCCCUGGAGGUGAGGAAUUCCAAGGGGGACACAGGACCCGCAGGCGCAGGCGGCGGAGGAGGUGGUAAUCUGCAAGCCACUACGCUGCCAUAAGGAGUCCUCCAGUGCCAAGAGUAAUGCUGGAGGAUGUAGGGGAUUGGGAAGAGCGCUGUGAACCUGACCUUUGGAAGCCAUUGCCGGAGGGCAGGCACUGGCCUGCAGGACCUUCUCUGCGACGUCGAGUUUGAGCGUCCUCAAAGCAGUGUCUGCCUCCGGGCAGCUGAAAACUCAGAGGCUGGGGAGCAGCAGCAUGCAGCCGGAGGAGGGGACGGGCUGGCUAUUGGAGCUGCUGUCCGAGGUGCAGCUGCAGCAGUAUUUCCUGAGGCUUCGCGAUGAUCUCAACAUCACCCGCCUGUCCCACUUUGAGUAUGUCAAGAACGAGGACCUGGAAAAGAUUGGCAUGGGCCGGCCUGGUCAGAGGCGUCUGUGGGAGGCUGUGAAGAGGAGGAAGGUCAUGUGCAAACGCAAGUCGUGGAUGAGCAAGGUGUUCAGUGGAAAGCGGCUGGAGGCUGAGUUCCCUCCCCAUCACUCUCAGAGCACCUUCCGGAAGCCCUCACCCACCCCAGGGGGCCUGGCAGGGGAAGGGACACUGCAGAGCCUCACCUGCCUCAUCGGGGAGAAGGACCUGCGACUCCUGGAGAAGCUGGGAGACGGCUCCUUUGGAGUGGUGCGCAGGGGUGAAUGGGACGCCCCUGCGGGAAAGACGGUGAGUGUGGCCGUGAAGUGCCUGAAGCCAGAUGUGCUAAGCCAGCCAGAGGCCAUGGACGACUUCAUCCGGGAGGUCAAUGCCAUGCAUUCGCUUGACCACCGAAACCUCAUUCGCUUGUAUGGUGUGGUGCUCACGCCACCCAUGAAGAUGGUGACAGAACUGGCACCUCUGGGGUCUCUGUUGGACCGACUGCGUAAACACCAAGGUCAUUUCCUCUUGGGGACUCUGAGCCGCUACGCUGUGCAGGUGGCUGAGGGCAUGGGAUACCUGGAGUCCAAGCGCUUCAUCCACCGGGACCUGGCUGCUCGGAACCUGCUGUUGGCUACCCGCGACCUGGUCAAGAUUGGAGACUUUGGAUUGAUGCGAGCACUACCCCAGAAUGAUGACCACUAUGUCAUGCAAGAACAUCGCAAGGUGCCCUUUGCCUGGUGUGCCCCUGAGAGCCUGAAGACACGGACCUUCUCUCAUGCCAGUGACACUUGGAUGUUUGGGGUCACACUGUGGGAGAUGUUCACAUAUGGCCAGGAGCCCUGGAUUGGCCUCAAUGGCAGCCAGAUCCUGCAUAAAAUUGACAAGGAAGGGGAGCGCCUGCCCCGGCCUGAGGACUGCCCCCAAGACAUCUACAAUGUCAUGGUCCAGUGCUGGGCCCACAAACCAGAGGACAGACCCACUUUUGUGGCCCUUCGGGACUUCCUGCUGGAGGCUCAGCCUACUGACAUGCGGGCCCUUCAGGACUUCGAGGAGCCAGACAAGCUGCACAUCCAGAUGAAUGACGUCAUCACUGUCAUCGAGGGAAGGGCUGAGAACUACUGGUGGCGUGGUCAGAACACCCGGACGCUGUGCGUUGGACCCUUCCCUCGGAAUGUGGUGACCUCCGUGGCUGGCCUGUCAGCCCAGGACAUCAGCCAGCCUCUACAGAAUAGCUUCAUUCACACGGGGCAUGGAGACAGCGACCCCCGGCACUGCUGGGGGUUCCCUGACAGGAUUGAUGAACUGUAUCUGGGCAACCCCAUGGACCCCCCUGACCUGCUGAGUGUGGAGCUGAGCACCUCCCGACCCACCCAGCAUCUAGGAAGGCUGAAAAGGGAGCCUCCACCUCGCCCACCUCAGCCUGCCAUCUUCACACAGAGUAAGUGGGGCUUCUCAGGAUGCCUUGGCCCCUGCCCCCGCCCUCUCUCUCCUCUCACCUCUCCUCUCCUGGAAGAGCCAACGUACGACCCUGUGAGUGAGGACCAAGACCCCCUGUCCAGCGACUUCAAGAAGCUGGGCCUGAGGAAGCCAUCCCUGCCCCGAGGGCUGUGGCUCACAAAGCCCUCGGCCCGAGUGCCAGGCACCAAGGCAGGCCGCAGCAGUGGGGGCGAGGUCACACUCAUCGACUUUGGCGAGGAGCCUGUGGUUCCAACCCCACGGCCCUGCGCACCCUCCUUGGCACAGUUGGCCAUGGAUGCCUGCUCCUUGCUGGACAAGACACCACCACAGAGCCCCACGCGGGCACUGCCACGGCCUUUACAUCCCACACCUGUAGUGGACUGGGACGCUCGCCCGCUGCCCCCGCCCCCUGCCUAUGACGAUGUGGCCCAGGAUGAGGAUGACUUUGAGGUCUGCUCUAUCAACAGCACGCUAGUGGGUGCAGGCCUCCCUGCUGGGCCGAGCCAGGGCGAGACCAAUUAUGCCUUUGUGCCGGAGCAGGCACAGCCGCCCCCUGCCCUGGAGGACAACCUGUUUCUUCCACCCCAGGGUGGCGGUAAGCCACCCAGCUCAGCCCAGACUGCAGAGAUUUUCCAGGCACUGCAGCAGGAGUGUAUGCGGCAGCUACAGGUCCCCACUGGCCAGCUGACCCCCUCCCCCACCCCAGGAGGUGAUGACAAGCCCCAGGUGCCACCCCGGGUACCCAUUCCCCCUCGGCCCACACGUCCACGUGUGGAGCUAUCUCCAGCUCCCUCGGGUGAGGAAGAGACAAGCCGGUGGCCUGGACCUGCCUCCCCUCCCCGAGUGCCUCCCCGGGAACCCCUGUCCCCUCAAGGCUCAAGAACCCCAAGCCCCCUGGUGCCACCAGGCAGCUCUCCGUUACCACACCGGCUCUCUAGCUCACCUGGAAAGACCAUGCCCACCACCCAAAGCUUUGCCUCAGACCCUAAAUAUGCCACGCCACAAGUGAUCCAGGCUCCUGGCCCGCGGGCUGGCCCCUGUAUCCUGCCCAUUGUCCGCGAUGGCAGGAAGGUCAGCAGUACUCACUACUACCUGCUACCUGAGCGCCCCCCUUAUCUGGAGCGCUAUCAGCGCUUCCUCCGGGAGGCCCAGAGCCCUGAAGAGCCAGCCUCCAUGCCUGUGCCCCUGCUACUGCCCCCACCCAGUACCCCAGCCCCUGCUGCCCCCACUGCUACUGUUCGACCUAUGCCUCAGGCUGCCCCAGACCCAAAGGCCAACUUCUCCACCAAUAACAGCAACCCAGGGGCUCGGCCACCAGCCCUGAGGGCCACUGCUCGGCUGCCACAGAGGGGCUGCCCAGGGGAUGGGCAAGAGGCUGCACGGCCAGCAGACAAGAUCCAGAUGCUGCAGGCCAUGGUGCAUGGGGUGACCACAGAGGAGUGCCAGGCGGCCCUGCAGAGCCACAGCUGGAGUGUGCAGAGGGCUGCCCAGUAUCUGAAGGUGGAGCAGCUCUUUGGACUGGGUCUUCGGCCACGGGUGGAGUGCCACAAAGUGCUAGAGAUGUUUGACUGGAACCUGGAGCAAGCUGGCUGCCACCUUCUGGGUUCCUGUGGCCCUGCCCACCACAAACGCUGAUAGUUGUCUGGAGAACAACAGUCUGCCCUAAAGGAACCACUUGAACCUGUCUGUAGGACCAGGGUUGGGAGAUGCCCAUCUCAGGCCUGGAACACCCACAGCUUGGACCUACUGCUGCCUGUUGCUCCAUGUGGACAGAGCAGGAGGCUGGGACUCUCUACCUUGCCCACCUCACUCACCCACCCAGCGCUGUUCUGCACAGCUUGGUUCAGCCCUCAGUGCCCCAGCCAAGAGGUGGGAAGGAGCCUUGUGAAGGCAAGACAGGAAGCUGCCUGGCAGGCCCUGUGUGUGUCCUGCCCCUGGCUCAAGAUCAGGGCUGGGUUACUGGCUAGCGUGUGCCCCAGGCUUUGCCCUGGAGGACUAGACUAAGGAAGCCAGGCUUGACUUGGGCAAGAAGGAUGUGUUGGCCGCACAGAAGGGUCGGCCAGCAUCCAGCAGGCCCUUCCUAGGGCUGGGCCCUUUUCCAGGGAGCCCCUGUAGGCAUUUGGAGUGUUGGACAGAAUGUGACUUGUGGCUUCACUGUGAACUUGCAGACUUGGAUGCUCCUAGGAGCUUGUACCUGGAGACAGUCUGAAGUGGCUCAGAAACAGAGAGAGAAAUGGCAGCAGGUUCUCUGGCAGGGCCCAGGGCCCGAAUUGGAAGGAGACCCCAGGGGCACCAGUACUUUGUUGUUUGACCCCUGCCCUUCCCCGUUGCUGUUCAAUGUGUUCCCAUCAGCCUCUGUUGCCAAAGUUGCUGUCCCAGCUCUGGAUAUCCGCUUCUUCCAGUGAAAUAAAUUCCGUUUCUAUUUUAUGUUACCCACUC